GCGGGAGCCUCCGUUGCCCGAGAAGGGAGGCAAACCCCCUUAGAGUUGCCAGUAACGGACAUGGCUGCGGGCCCCUGGAGGAGGGGACGUUAAGUGAGGAGGGGGCUGGGAGGGGAGAGGACGCGGGCGAAGAAGACAGGCCCCUGGGCCUCGAUGCUGUGACUGUGACCAAGUCACUGGGGUCUGUCGAUGUUGGGGAGCAGCCUGCCGGUUGGGGGUGACUGCAUUCAUCUGGGCAUGCCUGCUGCGCGCUGGGCCCAUGGACCUGAAGGAGAAGCAUGUGGGCGAGCCCGCCGUGGCCCUGGGCCUGUCCACCCGGAAGGCCCUCAGCGUCCUGAAGGAGCAGCUGGAGGCGGUACUGGAAGAGCGCCUGAGGGAGCGGAAGAAAUGUCUUACUUGGAAGGAGAUGUGGAGGAACAGCUUCCUGCACCACAGUAACCGCCGCUCCUGCUUCCACUGGCCGGGCGCCUCGCUCAUGCUGCUGGCCGUGCUGCUGCUGCUGGGCUGCUGGGGGGGCCAGCCGGCCGGCAGCCACGGGGUGGAGCUGGUGAACGCCGCGGCUCUGUUCCUCUUGCUGCUUCUCAACCUUGUCCUCAUUGGGCGGCAAGAGCGGCUGAAGCGUCGGGAGGUAGAGCGGAGGCUCCGCGGGAUCAUUGACCAAAUCCAAGAUGCCCUCAAGGAUGGCAAGGAGAUCAAGUGGCCAAACGCCUUGUACCCAGACCUCCACAUGCCCUUUGCACCAUCCUGGUCCCUGCACUGGGCCUACAGAGACGGACAUCUGGUCAACCUGCCGGUUAGCCUGUUGGUGGAAGGAGACAUCAUCGCUCUGAGGCCCGGCCAGGAAUCGUUUGCCUCUCUGAGGGGGAUCAAGGAUGAUGAGCACAUCGUCUUGGAGCCUGGAGACCUGUUCCCCCCUUUCUCCCCACCCCCCUCGCCCCGGGGAGAGGUGAAGAAAGGGCCACAGAACCCUCAGCAGCACCGGCUCUUCCGCGUCCUUGAGACCCCAGUGAUUGACAAUGUCAGAUGGUGUCUGGACAUGGCCCUGUCCCGCCCGGUCACUGCUCUGGACAACGAGAGGUUCACGGUGCAGUGGGCGAUGCUGCACUACGCCGUGCCCGUGGUGCUGGCUGGCUUCCUCACCACCAACGCCCUGCGCUUCAUGCUGGACGCCCCUGGAGUCACCUCCUGGCAGUACACCCUGCUCCAGCUGCAGGUGAACGGCGUCCUGCCCAUCCUCCCCCUGCUCUUCCCAGUCCUCUGGGUUUUGGCAACCGCCUGCGGAGAAGCCCGGGUCCUGGCCCAGAUGAGUGAGGCCGCUCCCAGCUCCCUGCUGGCCAAGUUCUCAGAGGACACGCUCAGCAGCUACACAGAGGCGGUCUCCACGCAGGAGAUGCUGCGCUGCGUUUGGGGCCACUUCCUCAGGGUGAUCCAGGGCACGUCGCCGACGCUGAGCCGCAGCUCCAGCCUGCUGCACAGCUUGGGCUCUGUCACGGUCCUGUGCUGCGUGGACAAGCAGGGCGUCCUGUCGUGGCCGAACCCCAGCCCAGAGACCGUGCUGUUCUUCAGUGGGAAGGUGGAGCCGCCACAUAGCAGCCACGAGGACCUCACGGAUGACCUGUCCACCCGCUCCUUCUGCCACCCUGAGCCCCACGAACGAGACGCCCUUCUCAUGGGCUCCCUGAACACGACCCUGCAUCUCUCCAGCGAGCAGGAGCGAGGCGACUGGCCUAGCGAAGCCCCCAAGCCCCCCGAGCCCUACUCCCACCACAAAGCCCACUGCCGCAGCAAACACCCCUCUGGCUCCAGCGUGAGCUUCAGCCGGGACAUCGAGGGCGGGGACGACGAGCCCAGAAAGACCCAGCUGGAGGGCGCGCCCUGCGAGGCCGAGGACUUCGUGUGCGACUACCACCUGGAGAUGCUCAGCCUGUCGCAGGACCAGCAGAACCCCUCCUGCAUCCAGUUCGAUGACUCCAACUGGCAGCUCCACCUCACCUCCCUCAAGCCCCUGGGCCUCAACGUGCUGCUGAACCUGUGUAACGCCAGCGUCACCGAGCGGCUGUGCCGGUUCUCCGACCACCUGUGCAACAUCGCCCUGCAGGAGAGCCACAGCGCCGUGCUGCCCGCGCAUGUGCCCUGGGGCCUCUGCGAGCUCGCCCGGCUCAUCGGCUUCACACCAGGAGCCAAAGAGCUCUUCAAACAGGAGAACCACCUGGCUCUCUACCGCCUGCCCAGUGCCGAGACCGUGAAGGAGACGCCCCUGGGGAGGCUGUCCUGUGUCACCAAGCGGCGCCCGCCCCUCAGCCAUAUGAUCAGCCUCUUUAUCAAGGACACCACCACCAGCACAGAACAGAUGCUGUCCCACGGCACGGCCGACGUGGUCUUGGAGGCCUGCACAGACUUCUGGGACGGAGCUGACAUCUACCCUCUCUCGGGUUCCGACAGAAAGAAAGUGCUGGAUUUCUACCAGCGAGCCUGCCUCUCCGGUUACUGCUCCGCCUUCGCCUACAAGCCCAUGAGCUGCGCCCUGUCCUCGCAGCUCAACGGCAAGUGCAUCGAGCUGGUGCAGGCCCCCGGCCAGAGCAGCAUCUUCACCCUGUGCGAGCUGCCCAGCACCAUCCCGCUCAAGCUGGGCACCCGCCGCAACAGCUGGAGCUCCGAUGAAGGGAUCGGGGAGGUGCUGGAGAAGGAGGACUGCAUGCAGGCCCUGAGCGGCCAGAUCUUCAUGGGCAUGGUGUCCUCCCAGUACCAGGCCCGGCUGGACAUUGUGCGCCUCAUCGACGGGCUGGUCAACGCCUGCAUCCGCUUUGUCUACUUCUCUCUGGAGGACGAGCUCAAAAGCAAGGUGUUUGCAGAGAAGAUGGGCCUGGAGACGGGCUGGAACUGCCACAUCUCUCUCACGCCCAAUGGGGACAUGCCUGGUUCCGAGAUCCCCCCCUCCAGCCCCAGCCACGCGGGCUCCUUGCACGAUGACCUGAAUCAGGUGUCGCGCGAUGAUGCAGAGGGCCUCCUUCUGAUGGAGGAGGAGGGUCACUCCGACCUCAUUAGCUUCCAGCCCACAGACAGCGACCUUCCCAGCUUCCUGGAGGACUGCAACCGGGCCAAGCUGCCCCGGGGCAUCCACCAGGUGCGGCCCCAUCUGCAAAACAUCGACAACGUGCCCCUGCUGGUACCCCUCUUCACCGACUGUACCCCUGAGACCAUGUGCGAGAUGAUCAAGAUCAUGCAGGAGUACGGGGAGGUGACGUGCUGCCUGGGCAGCUCUGCCAACCUGCGGAACAGCUGCCUUUUCCUGCAGAGCGAUAUCAGCAUCGCCCUGGACCCCCUGUACCCAUCCCGCUGCUCCUGGGAGACCUUUGGCUACGCCACCAGCACCAGCAUGGCCCAGGCCUCGGACGGCCUUUCGCCUCUGCAGCUCUCAGGGCAGCUCAACAGCCUGCCCUGCUCCCUGACCUUCCGCCAGGAAGAGACCAUCAGCAUCAUCCGGCUCAUCGAGCAGGCUCGGCACGCCACCUAUGGCAUUCGCAAGUGCUUCCUCUUCCUGCUGCAGUGCCAGCUGACUCUCGUGGUCAUCCAGUUCCUCUCCUGCCUGGUCCAGCUGCCCCCGCUCCUGAGCACCACCGACAUCCUGUGGCUGUCCUGCUUCUGCUACCCUCUCCUCAGCAUCUCUCUGCUGGGGAAGCCGCCCCACAGCUCCAUCAUGUCUAUGGCGACCGGGAAGAACCUUCAAUCUAUCCCCAAGAAGACGCAGCACUACUUCCUGCUCUGCUUCCUGCUCAAGUUCAGCCUCACCAUCGGCUCCUGCCUCAUCUGCUUUGGCUUCACGCUGCAGAGCUUCUGCGACAGCGCACGGGCCCGCAACCUCACCAACUGCUCCUCCAUCAUGGUUCACAGCCACGCCAACACGGCUCCCGCCUGGUCUGACGACUUCGCCAACGGGCUGCUGACGGCCCAGAAGCUCGCCGCCGCCCUGAUCGUCCUUCACACCGUCUUUAUUUCUAUCACCCACGUGCACCGCACCAAACCCCUGUGGAGAAAGAGCCCGCUGACGAACCUCUGGUGGGCCUUGACGGUGCCCGCGGUGCUGCUGGGGCAGGUGGUGCAGACGGUGGUGGACCUGCGGCUGUGGACCCACGGGGCCAGCCGCCUGCACUUUGGCCUGGAGGACGUGCCGCUGCUGACGUGGCUGCUGGGCUGCCUCUCGCUGGUCCUCGUGGUGGUCACCAACGAGAUCGUGAAGCUGCACGAGAUUCGGGUCCGGGUCCGCUACCAGAAGCGACAGAAGCUGCAGUUUGAAACGAAGCUGGGCAUGAACUCUCCCUUCUGAGCCUCGGCCAGAGGCCAGUCG